ACCAAAUAUAUACAUUGCUGUGUCUAGCAAUCAGUAGCCUGUUUUGUGCUGGAGUAAAGAGGUUGUAUUUUUGGGAAAUCUAAGAAGCCGUCAAGAUGGUAGAAGGCGGUGGUAUGAAAUGCAUCAAAUUUAUUAUUUUCGCUUUCAAUUUUAUUUUCGUGCUAGUAGCAUGUGGACUGAUUGGUCUCGGUAUCUACAUACAGGUCCAACUAAGCGAGUUCUUUGAUUUCUUUGGGAAUCAGUUUGCAGGACCAGGAAUAGUACUAAUAGUGAUCGGUUUUGUCAUUUUUAUUGUCGCAACUUUCGGAUGUUGUGGUGCACUGAAAGAGAACUACUGCUGUAUUAUGACGUUUGCGGUUUUGUUGGGUGUUAUCUUCAUUAUUCAAAUAGCUGCUGGUAUAAGUGGAUUUGUUUUACGAGAAAGUAUGCGCGAUCAAGUGGUCGUCAUAUUGAAGGGCGCUGAGCAUAAUUAUGGAAAGGAUGGAAAAGGUGGUGUAACGAAAGCGUGGGAUAAACUACAACAAAAGUUCGAGUGUUGUGGUGUGGAGAAUUACACUGAAUGGUAUUCUUUAUUAACACCUAAACUCGUUCCUACAUCAUGCUGUGUUGAUCCAAAGAGUACCGAAUGUGCAAACAGAACACAGACACUUAAUGAAACAGAAUUCUAUACUCAGAGCUGUGAAGAAGGAUUUGUUGGGUGGCUAGAUUAUGAGAUAGCAUUAGUUGGAGGAGUUGGUAUUGGUCUGGCUUUCGUUGAGGUUGUUGGUAUUAUAUUAGCCUGUUGUUUGGCUAUGGCUAUCAGAAAAGAAUAUAAAGUCUUGUAAAUCACGUCUAUAUUAGUUUAGUCAUGCUACAGUCUAUUUUAAUAUGUUCAAACUCAAUUUAACGAACAAAUUCAAUUAGGAACAAACACUUCUCAUACAAUUACCACGAUUCAAUGAAUAUGGGCUAACUGAAAUAUAAAACAUUUAGAUGAUGGUGCUUCUAUAGACAAAUCACAAACAGCGAACGUCAGUUGAAAAACAGAACAUUGCUCACGCGUGCAUUUACCUUUAAUCUAAAAUGUACUUUUCCUCUUUUUUAAAACUACAUUUGUCCGUAAGCGUAUAAUAAAAUUCUAUCUUUGUAAAAUUAUUUAUUCUGACAUACAAUAAUACUUGAAUUAGUUUAACAAAAUAUAUAGGUCUAAAAUAAUUCAAGCGUUAAAUUGUUGUAAGAUUAUCUGAUUACAUUUUUAUCAUUUGGUCAAUCUUGGUAUAAAACGGCGGUAAAAUAUCAGUGUGUAUAUAUUAUAUUUAUUAUUAUUAUCGGCAAGGGGACAUAGUGCAAUAUCUAUAAUUUUGGUUGAAUCUGAUUUUUGUUGUACUUUCGCACUUAUAUUAUUUAACUCUUCCCAAUUCUAGUCACCCAGAUAGCCAAAUUACCUUUAAAUAACGUUUUUGAAACGCUAUUUUGAAAGUAUUGCUCAUGGCACGUUUACUGCAUGGUUGUUUUUACAUGAAAGUAUUAUAUUCUUUAUUUAUAAAUGUACAUUAUAUUAUAUGGUUAUUUGUAUAGUUUGUUGUUUCAUUGUUAAAUUUUACAUCUUGUUUUAGUUUUAAAUCUAUGAUACUAAUCUGCAUAAGGCUGUUCAUUUAUUAAUUAUUAUUCAACUCUGGGUUACUGUUUUACAGAUUACAUUUCAUUUGCAGAAUUGGGUAGCUUUGCAUAAAUUUAAGUUUUAAUAUUGAAACGUUUUCAUGCUUUAUUUCUAUGUUUUCCCUUCAGUAUAAUAGAGGCAUUUAAAUAUACUUGUUUAUAAUCUAGUCAAUACUUAUUUAUGUGUCAUUUUAGAUGCACAGUGAUAUGAUAUGCAAUAAAUCCAAGUUCUUCCAUGAAAUAUACUUUAUCUAGUCAAUCUUUUUCGGUAUAUCUUAGAUAUAAAUUAGUGUUUUCUUUAACCUUAGCGGGAGGGCCAAAAUCGAUCCCAUUGCAAAAUCAACAAACUUCCCAUGGUUUUAAUACAAUAUUUACUUACCGAGGUUUAAGAGAUCCAUAUAGUUGAGAUGUAUAACUACUUUAGUUUUAGUUUAAAUAAAUAUGAUAUAUUCAUUACUUUGGCUAUAUUUGACUAUAUAUAUUAUUUAUACUUUUUCUCUGAAUAAACAUUAUUUUACCUGUA